AUGGCAAAGAAACCAAGUUUGGGUCGACAAAAAAUCAAAAUCGCAAAAAUCCAGAUAAAAAACCAUCUACAAGUUACCUUCUCAAAGAGACGGUCAGGGCUCUUCAAGAAGGCUAGCGAGCUUUGCACGUUGUGUGGGGUUGAAAUCGCGAUUGUGGUGUUUUCUCCUGCCGGGAAGGUUUUCUCAUUUGGGCAUCCUAAAGUCGAGUCAAUCGUAGACAGGUUUUUAACAAGAAAUCCUAAUUUUAACUCGACUACGAAUAGUUUAUAUUUUAUGGAGGCACAUAGGAUAGCUAGCAUUCCUGAACUAAACAUGCAAUUAACACACAUUCACAAUGAGUUAGAAGCCGAGAAGAAAAGAACUGAAACGCUAGACGAAAUGAGAAAGGCUAGCCGGAGCCAGUUUUGGUGGGAAGCGCCAAUCGAGGAGCUUAAUCUUCAUGAACUUGAACAGCUCAAGGAUUCAAUGGAGGAACUCAAAAAGAACGUGACGAUACAAGCUAAUAAGCUUUACGCCGAAAACUCUAACUCCAUGUCACUUUUCGGUACUAAUAAUAAUAAUAGCAUUAUUAGUGGUGGUUUUGAUCACUAUGAGAUGAAGCCCGGUCCGGUCUUAUCAACAUCCUCUGGUGUUUGUAACACCCACCAUGGAUAUGGGUAUGGCCAUAGUUUGUUUUGAAGUCCAUUUGCGCUUCUACUUGAAUUUUUUUUUUUUUA